AUGCGCGGAGGGGUUGUCCGGGGGCGGCGCGCAAGCGGCGGUGGCUACAAACAAACCGUUAACGUAAACGAGGCGCGGCGCUCCUGCGAGCGGGCUGCGCGGGCGCACCGUGCCGCAUGUGCGCGCCAGCCGCCCUCGCGCCGUGAUCGAUGGCACUUCCGACAUCAUGCCACAUUAGAUAUGUCCAAUUAUCUCUACGAGCACAAACCUCAGUAG